AUGUUUUUCAAUGAAGUCUGGACGCAAAAGCCUCCUGGCCCACCAUCGCUGUGGAGGAGGGACGCGAUCGGACGCAUCGGCCAUCUUAUCGUGACCAAAGUGGGCAUGUGUCCCUCCCAAGCUUUAGUGAAGCAUAUCGGUGCAGCGCCGAGCCUUAUCUUGAACUUCGUGGAUGCCGCUGGUGCUCGCCCGUCGUCCUACAACAUUGAAGAAACCCUACGCGCACCAUACGACCGCGCCGCUGCGUUGCGGCAAGCCGGACAAGUAAUGUCCCGGUCCGAGCGCCUGGAGUGGAAGCAUUUCUCGGUUCUCACAGAGAGCGACCCACGCUUCCGCGACAAGCUACGCAGCUGCAAGGGUCGCCUUAGGCGAUGCGGUGUCCGAUUUCGCUCGUACCCUCUGAUCGGCGAACAGCCCAAUCCUUCUGCCCAUCCGGAUGGUCUCCCAGUACCAUUCGAGAUCGUCGAGGUCACACGCAUAGGAACCCUGGCUUACUUCAACGGGCGCACGUUCCGGUUUGUCCGCGAUCUGACGCCGAUGCAACGCGCGCUCGCCGAAGGCAUCGUGUCCUACACCCUCGAACACCUCAGUCCCCUGGACUUUGACACCAUCUCGGAGAACGCUUUCGCCGUGACCGAACCCUCCGCCUCGUCCAAAUAUCUACUUCCUGUACCUGAAGACGAGCGAAUAUUCAUGUACAACAUCAGAGAGGCACGCGAGCUGGUACGCCGGCAGCUUGGACCCGUCAAGUUCCAGACGACCAUUCCGUUCCGGCAAGACGACUUUUUACGCGUGCGAGAGGACCAGCCCCACACUUUGACGGCUCUCACUGUUCCAUCACGGCGUUUCCGAGAUGCCUGCCAACCCCCUCCCGCUAUACCACCACCGUCAAUUCCAGAAAUCCCAUGGCAUUUAAUUUCCGCGCCCCAUGUCAAGACUGCCAACGCCAGAACGAACCGCCAACGCCGUAAUGCGGGCGCCCCCACAUCAACAUCCUUGACCUUAACGGCUCGGGUUGGUCCUCCUCGAAAGCGGAAGGACGCGUCUCGUACGCAAAACGAUGUGCUCGUGCCUGCGGGUGGCAGUACUCAGUCGGUACCGCGGUCCAGCCCUCCCGCGCUAUCGCCUAUCCCCGACAGCCCGCUAUCGCCGAUUCCCGACAGCCCACCCUCUCCAGCCUGUGCGGGUAGCUCAGAUGCGCCAGUGGAUCCUCCUGUAGCUCCCCAUACGCAACUCGAGGUGCUCGCGCGCUCGCCCACCCGUGCGGGUGGCAGCACCCACCGGGCGCAAUCAACCGGGUUGCAUUCAUCGCUCUUCGACUUCACGCUCCCCGCAGGUGGCUCAGUUGCGCCGCAGGACGCUCGUCCUCCUUCGCCAGCUCCUGCAGGCGACCAAGACGCACCGCCGGAUGCCCCCGCUCCCGCAGAGGAUCCCGCCGCCGCCGCGCCCGCAGGGGAUCUCCAGCACCACGCCCGGAUCGCGCGCCUCGACUUCAACCGGCACGCUGCGCAGUUCGAGGACUGCCGCGUCGGGCUGCUGGCCGCGCUCGCGGGGAUGGCCGCCGCCGGGGACCGCGAGGCGGCGUGCAGCGGGCUCGCGUUCGGCGCCGGCGCCGCGGCGGUGGAGCCGACGCCGCUCGGGCUUCGCGGGUUUGAGUCGGCGGGCGCGCUGCACGAGUAUGCGAGCACGGCGAUCGACGACCUGGCGAUGGUGCUGCGGGUGCCGGGGUACGGCAGAACCUGGGCCGAUGAGGACUCUGGCUCAGAGGAGGAUGUGAAAAUGGAGUCGUGA